CUUGCUUCCUGCCCCUUCCUCUCUUUCUACCGCGUCUUCAUCUCUCAAAAUGCAGCGCGGACUUCCGAUGCAACCCACCGUGGUCCUCCUGAAGGAGGGCACGGACACUUCGCAAGGGAAGCCUCAGCUGCUCUCCAACAUCUCGGCAUGUCUUGCGAUCGCAGAGACCCUUGCUAGCACGCUAGGUCCCCGUGGAAUGGACAAGCUCAUCGUAAACGAGCGUGGCGAGGCUCAGAUCACAAACGAUGGCGCGACUAUCCUCAAGCUUUUGGACAUCGUACACCCCGCCGCGCGUACGCUCGUGGACAUCGCCCGCGCCCAGGACGCCGAAGUCGGAGAUGGCACCACCAGUGUUGUGCUCCUCGCGGCACAGCUGCUGAAGGAGAUCCGGGGUUACAUCGAGGAGGGCGUCAGCCCGCACAUCAUCAUGAAGGGCUUCAGGAAAGCUGCAGAACUCGCUAUAGAACACAUCAAGUCUGUCCAAAUUACAGUAGACCGGUCAGACCCCGAACAAUUCCGCUCCCUCCUCCUCAAGUGCGCGUCAACUUCGAUGUCCUCGAAGUUGAUCCACUCAGAAAAGCCUUUCUUCUCCAAGAUGGUGGUCGAUGCUGUCCAAUGCUUAGACCAGGAGGAUCUGAACGAGAAGCUCAUUGGUGUGAAGAAGAUCCCGGGUGGCGGCAUGCAAGACUCCGUUCUGGUCCAGGGUGUCGCGUUCAAGAAGACCUUCACCUACGCCGGCGCGGAGCAGCAGCCGAAGUCUUUCACCAACCCCCUCAUCGUCAGCUUGAACGUCGAGCUCGAACUGAAGGCAGAAAAGGACAACGCUGAGGUCCGUGUCGAGCACGUUGCGGACUACCAGGCCAUCGUCGACGCGGAAUGGGAGAUCAUAUACCGUAAGCUCGAGGCCAUCGAGAAGACCGGUGCAAAGGUCGUGCUGAGCAAGCUGCCGAUCGGUGAUCUUGCCACGCAGUGGUUCGCGGACCGCGACAUCUUCUGUGCGGGUCGUGUCGCUGCGGACGACCUCCAACGCGUCGUCCAGGCCGUCGGUGGCUCUAUCCAGUCGACGUGCUCAGACAUCAAGCGCGAGUACCUCGGUACCUGCGGGUCGUUCGAGGAGAGGCAGAUCGGUGGGGAGCGGUACAACCUGUUCAAGGAGUGCCCGAAGGCAAAGACGUGCACACUCAUCCUUCGUGGCGGCGCCGAGCAGUUCAUUGAGGAAGUCGAGCGGAGUCUGCACGACGCCAUCAUGGUGGUGAAGCGUGCCGUGAAAAACGGAGACAUCGUCGCGGGCGGAGGCGCAAUCGAGCUGGACCUGUCUUCGCGCAUCCGGAAGCACGCCUUGUCGAUUCCGGGGAAACUUCAGCUGGUGAUGAUCGCGUUCGCGAAGGCGCUCGAAGUCAUCCCCCGGCAAAUUUGCGACAAUGCGGGUCUGGACUCCACCGACGUCCUGAACAAGCUGCGCAUGAAGCACGCCAACGGCGAGCAGUGGUUCGGCGUGGACGUGGACGGCGUGGAGGGCAUCCGGAACAACCUGGAGGCGUUCGUCUGGGAGCCGAGUUUGGUGAAGGUUAACGCGAUCAGCAGCGCGACGGAGGCCGCCUGCCUGAUCCUGAGCGUCGACGAAACCGUCCGCUCGCCGCAAAACGAAGGGCAAAACCCGGGGCCCAGGGCGCCGCCAGGCACGGCGCAGCGAGCACUCCGAGGGAGGGGACGCGGGAUGCCAAGGCGGUGAGGGCAGAGAAAGUAGCAAUUGCGAAAGUGUAGCGUAUCGAUAUCAUCCCCGGUUUAGUGCGAACUUACCGUUCACCCAC